UUACACAGAUGCAGUAGGAUAAUCUCAGUUAACAGAGGCUGAUGUCAGAUUGGUUUGGCUCACCACAAAUCCCCUUAGUUGAGGUAGGCAAUGCAGGACUGGGUUGCCGUCACUAAUGCAGAAGGAGUGGAGGGAGUGUCUGCCAGCUCUGAAAUUUCCUCUGAACAUCUUUGAUGGGCUGUCAGCCCCUAGGUAGCCUGUUUGACAGCUCAAAUGGAACUUGACGUGUAACCUGCUAAACUCAAACUCUGUUGCGACGUCUCCUCGCGCACAGGGUGGUUUAAUAUCACUUUGUCGCACAUCGCGUGCGCGUAGCGCGCUCCUCCGAUAUGGGGACUGUGCUCUCGAUAUCCCCACUAUUAAGCAAGGAGACCGUUCUGGACGAGGGAGGUAAGCCAGUAAACGAAAUCAACGGGAAAAUAGAGAAGAGCCUUAAGAAACAGUCGGUGUUCGUGUCUACUCUCACGUUUAAACGAAUGGUUACUGCAUCAACUAAGAAGACAAGUGCCAAGAAAGUUACUCCAAAUCCUCUUCCACAACCACCACCGACCAGCGACUGUCAGGUCGAGCAUCUCAACCAUGAGAACUUGAAGAAAUCGCAACAGUCGACCAACACCGAUCGAAAAACGAAAAAUGGACCUCUUGAUGAGCACAUCCCUACGGUUCCUACCCAACUGAAUCUUCAUCUCGAUCAGGACCAGCUAUCUCCAAAGGCGAAGCAACUAGUUUCGGUUCAGAAACAGCCCAGCAGCCGUUUGCUUAUCUCCCCGAGACGCGUGAUCGUUCAAGCUUCCACCGGGGAGCUGCUCCACUGCUUGGCAGAAUUUGUAUGCAAACGAUGCUUCAAACUCAAGGAACUCCGUCCAAACGAGGUCAUUCUCUGGUUCCGAAACGUGGACAGGACUCUUCUGUUGCAAGGCUGGCAGGAACACGGGUUCAUCACGCCCGCCAGUCUCGUGUUCGUCUAUCUGCUCUGUAGGGAAACGGUGACCGAUGAUGUUGACAGUCCACGUGAACUCCACGGGACCUUUCUGACCUGCCUCUAUCUGGCGUAUUCAUACAUAGGGAACGAGAUUUCUUACCCUAUCAAGCCCUUCAUGAUCGAGACCAAUAAGGACGUUUUCUGGGAACGUUCUUUGGAUGUCAUCGAUAAACUGAGUGGCAAAAUGUUGCAGAUUAAUGUAGAUCCGCACUUUUUCACGGAGGUUUUUCAAGACUUAAAAAACGAAGGGGAUUCCAAGAAGGGUGCAAGUGAGCUGGACCGUUAGUGUGAUCAUAAUCCGUGCAGCAAUCAAUAUGAUGAUUGCUACUGACGGAUUGAAUAUGAUUGUAAUCAACUAUACUUGAGUGACUGCUAAAUUGUAAUGGUUUAUCCAUUAUUUUGUCACUGUUUAGGUGGAUUUGUCUUAACAGUAUUAAAUACCCCCGGUGUAGUGGUUUGUAGUCAAAUGCUUCACCGGUUUAGCUGCAGAUAAUGCAUGCCGUAAAGAUUUGAAUCUGUACAGUUGCUGUAAUUUUAAACUGUUGUCCACAGUCAUAAAAAGAGAAGGUGAAAACAUGCCAACGUUUAUUCCAGUUAGUUGUCAAUCUCUGGGUCAUCGUUUACUAUCCACCCGAGACCCAGAAAGAAAACAGAGUUUUUAGAAUUUUAGAUAGGACUAAUCAUUUAUAAUUAUUUACAGCAUUUGUGUUUUUAUUAUAAUUAAACCUUUAUUAGUUAUUUAUUUAUGUAUUUAUUGCCAAUUUUUGAUAUUGCAAAAAAGGUCCGAAAUCUUCAAGAUACACGCAGACUUUAAAACAGUGGCAUUUGCUGGGACUCGGGAGGAUAAAAGCUAUAAUUUUGAAGAGAUGUGAAUGGAACUAUCCAAGGUGCUGACCUGUUUGUGUUCAGGCUCUAUUGACAGACAUUCAUUCUAAAUCUGAAACUUAGAAACAUUUUCCGUUUAUCAGAUUUUCUAUGUGCCAGUAUGUAUGGAAACGACUAAGUCUAUUUUGAUUUACAUUGGAUUGGGUGGGGGGGUUAUUGCUUGGAGUUUAUUUUAUUUGUAUUUAUUUUUUACCAAAUAAAUGCCAGUCUGACUGGUUAUGUUGAUGCAUACUGCAUUCAUCAGGCUCAUUAAUGCUACUGACCUCGUGUCAAUUGGCAAAAGAUUAUAAGAUUAUAUUUAGCAUCCAACUAAUCUUUUCUUCGGCUGAUCUUAACAGUGUUCUAGCAAUCUCUUAAUUCUCCAAAAAAAAAAAAAAAAAUCUUAAAUCUUUAAUCUCAAUUAAUUGACUGUGGUUCUGAGGCAUCCUAAGUAACUUUUUCAUUAGUUUGUAUUGCAAAAUAGCGUUAGGAGAUUUACGUCAUGUCAAAUUGAUUGCUUAAUAAACGUGUUGGCUAUCCUUUUUUGGUCUUGUAAGUUGUUAAAGCUGUCCCUUCAUGACGAAUAUUGAUAGAUUCAUUUAAAGAUAGAUACAUUCUGCUUACGGCUUCACUGUAAAGGUAAAUUCAGAAGUCUACGUUAUAAUUUUCUGCUGUAUUGUUUUUCCAUCAUCAGCCAAUCCCGUUCAUCUGAAAGCAAGAAUGAGAUGGUCUCUGAGAAUUUGUGAAUAAAACACUUGAGAUGAAUGAUCUUACAGUUGAUUGGCCGGAAUUUGCUGCAGUGUGUGAGAGGGGUUUCUCUUGGUCAGCGGAAUACAUGUGAACUUGAGUUUCAGUCUCUCUCGUCUGUCGCUAUAGUAACUGCAAGACCACUCGCACGCACUCUAUUUUCAUUCACAGCACUGCGGAACCUCACACACUUUGUCUUCAAGUAGAGUCUGGCCACAAGCACAUCACAGGAAUAGUUACAAAUACGUCAAUAAGGCUUUUCUAUUUUCUCGAGUGGAUUCGAGUUGCACGCAAUCAACUAGUGUUAGAGUUCUUGUAAGUCCUUUUAAGGGAUA